CUACCAAAAAGUCCGAGGUAAAAAAGUCCUAGGAAAAAAAGUCCGAGUAAAAAAGUCCGUGGUUAAAAAGUCCGGUACAUAUAAUUAGGUAAAAUAAAAAUACGAUGUGAUACACAAUCAAACUUCCAAUUAGUAUUAAUAUAAAUUGUAACUAAAUGAUUUACCUGACGCAAUUAAUAAAUAAUCUUUAGGUAGAUACCAAUAUCGGAAAUAUAAAGUAAAUCAAAUAGAUAUACUAUGUCUAUUGAUUUUAUCUUAAUUAUCUGGUGUGUCAAGUUUUACUCGUUACAUCCCGACAUCCGAUAUUGUUAGUAUAGAUAAAUAUAUCUAUAGUUGCUGGGUAUAUCCAACGUGUACAUACCUACCGUAUGAGUAACCGAACAGUUGUCAAUUUUGUCAGUUUAGUUCGAUAUUUUGUUGCGGUUGAUUAGUAAGUUGCUCUCGAAAAAAAUGUCAAAUAUAGUAAAAGUCAACGAAAAGGGUACCAAAAUAAUUGUGGGUGGUUACUCAUAUACCCUUCAACAUACUUUAAUCAAAACAAAACGGUGGAAAUGCAGUAACAAAACAAAGUAUAAUUGCCCGGGAACACUAUCUUCAUCGUGGGAGUUAACGAACCCUGUGCUUCAAAUUGAGCACAACCACGCAGGGAAUAAUCAAAUUGAAAUAAUUGAAAAUUUUAAAAAUGAAAUAAAAUCACGAUCGCGAAGAACUUGUGACAAACCGAGUCAGAUAUUUGCGGAAGCUGUAAGUCAAAUACCAGCCGAAGCUCUAUUGUUUUUACCAAAAGAAAGUGUUGUAAAACGAACAAUUAGAAAUCAAAGAACUAGCAAUAAUCCUGCAUUAAAUUGCAUAAAUGAUGUUAUGAUAGAAGAUGACUGGGCUUUAGUUAAUGGACAACGGUUUCUAUUGGCUGAUAAUAAAUCAACAAUUGGAGAAAGAAUUAUAUUGUUUGCAACAGAUGACAGCUUAAAAAUUUUGACAGAGGCCAAGACAUGGUAUUGCGAUGGUAAUUUUAACCUUAGCCCUAAAUAUUUUUUACAACUUUACGUUAUAAGAGUUCAAAAAAAUGAUUCGUAUAUAACUGCAGUAUACUGUUUUCUUGAAUGUAAGACAAUGUCUAUUUAUGAAGAAAUGUUCAAACUUAUUUUAACUAAAUGUGCAGAGUAUGAAUUAUUUCCCGAUCCAACCUUCUUAAAUGUUGAUUUUGAAAAAGCUGUAAUUUCUGCCGCUCAAACAAUUUUUGGUUCAAAUUUGACUAUUAGAGGUUGUUUUUAUCAUAUGUGCCAAAGUUCUUAUAGAAAAAUCCAAGAUUUAGGAUUAACUAAUAUGUAUAAAAAUAACGACGAAUUUAGUCAUUUUUGUGGAAUGUUGGACGGCCUUGCAUUUCUUCCUCUUGAACGUGUUUUUGAAGGAAUGGCUUACCUUAAAACAAUUGCUUCCCCUGAAGGAGAAGAUCUUUUAAAUUAUUUUGAUGCAACCUACGUAAAUGGACCACUUAGAAAAGUAGGGGUUGGUACCAAAUUUAAAUUUAAAAAAAUAAGUCCACUUUUUCCUCCAAAUACUUGGAAUGUACAUAACACAACAAUUAAUGGUGACCACCGAACAAAUAAUAUAUGUGAAUCGUGGAAUAAUAGAUUUACUCAUUUAGUUGGCCACAGUCAUCCAACUAUUUGGACACUCAUCCACAAAAUGAGGUUAGAAGUAGCGGCAGAUAGGGCGAAAUUAGUUAUCGACAGCAUGGGUGAUUUGGUAAAAAAAAAACAAAAUUUAACAUAUACCCGACUGGUUAAUUUAUGCCAAAGAAUAGCUAAUAAUUCAAUUACCAUAGAAGAAUUUUUAGAUAAGAUUGGUCAUAAUAUUAGAACAAGACCAAGAUCAUAAUAUUUUUUCUUUUUUAAAUAUGUUAUUUUUAAUAUUUUUAUAUACAUAUACAUUAUA